UUGUCCGACAUACUUUGGCGAAGCUGUAGAGUGGAUUGGAUUUGCCAUUGCUGCUUGGUAUAGUCCGCCGGCGAUCCUGUUCGCUUUAACCACGCCAUCUAAUUUAUUCCCUAGGGCGCGAAAAACGCAUCAUUGGUAUCUUCAGAAAUUCAAAGAGGAUUAUCCGCAUGAGAGAAAGGCUGUGAUACCGUUUGUUUGGUGA